GUUUUUACCCAUAUAAAAGAGAAGAAAAAUAUCACCAAAUAAAUUAAAAAAAGAAAAAGAGUAGAAGAAAAACAAGAGGUUCGAUUCCUUUUUCGCUUCGGUUUCUGAUCUCUAUGCAGGAGGAAGGGUGAAUGUGAAUGAUGGGUUCUCAAGUCGAGUCUGUUAAAGAAAUUGUUUCGGACCGAAAACCCGAAGGAGGUGAGAUGGAAUCGCGGGUGGAAGCUAUAUGGGAAAAAAUGAAUAAAGGAGUUUCUAAUAAGACUGCUAAAUCACUUUCAAAUAAGCGUAAUGUUUCGACCGUGAAUGCUAGUUCAAAGAAGGCGAAUAAUAACUGGAUGGCUUAUCUUGGCUUGACACCUAAGGAGGCAGACUCCUCUGGACAAGAUGGGGAGGUGCAGCAUAAUGGUACCAGCAUUGAAGACAGCAAGGUUGCUACCUUGUGGGAGCAUAUGAAUAAAGGAGUACCUAAUAAGUUGCACAAAACGUUUUUGAACGGAUCUUGUUCAACAGUGGAUGAAUCUCCGCAGCCUAAGUCUGAUAAUUGGAUGACCUAUCUGGGCAUGGCAACAAAGCGAAAGGAAUACUCUGGGCAUGAUGAACCACAGAGGAGAGCUAAUGAUAUACAAAAUGGAAGUGGUGAUGAAGCCAGGAAGCUUGCUGCUGCAGCUCUCUCUGCAGUUAAGGAUGCUGCUGCCGCAGCUGCAGCAGCAGCAGCAGGCCGGGGUAAAGUUGAGAUUAAGGAGGUUCGAGACUUUGCUGGUCAGGAAAUUGAAGUUAGGAAGCUUGUUGAUGCAGAUUCAAAAGAAGCAACUGAAAAGGCCAAAGCUCCUGCACCUUCUGCUGUUGAUGCUGUUCUUGAACAAAUCAAGAAGAAACCAAAGCUCAGUGUGCUUGACAAGACGAAAAAGGAUUGGGGAGAAUUUAAGGAAGAAAAUAAGGGGUUAGAAGACGAGUUAGAUGCAUACAAGAAGAGCUCAAACCAGUAUUUGGAGAGGGUUUCUUUCUUGGAACGAACAGAUUACCGGGAAUUUGAGAGGGAGAGAGAUGCACGGUUGGCACUACAGGCCAGGAGGAGGACAGAUAUGCGAGAGGAUUUGUGAUUGCACUUUCCAGUAACUCCACCAUCGUGAAUUUGCAGUGAACAUGGGGAAAGACAGUAAGUCCUGGGAUUUUGCAUAAGGGAUACUUUGUCUUUGAUGAGCAGAGUGAUGGAUUGGUGUUUUUAUUUAGAUGUCCCAAAUGGUCAAGGAAGUGAAAUUUUAGGUCCUUCUAAAAGAAAAGAGAAGUGAUGAGAGCAGUCGUAUUUGUAACAAAUGUUUGUCCUCUUUCCUACUUUUAUUAGAUGGUUUCUUCUUUGGGAACUUGGAUCAACUACUGGCGUUUGAUCAUUGGAAUUUGGAACAUGAUGGAUGAAAUCUUUUACUUCUGUAGUUCUCAUUUCACCAUGCACAUGUUCUGCCUCCCGUUAUAUUUUU